AUACAUUUGUCUCAUUCAUAUUCCAAGAUGGCAGCGCCCAUGAAGCUCAUUGUUAAGUGGAGCGGUCAAGAAUAUGAAUUCACAGAAGUUACUGGUACCGAUACCGUGAAAUAUUUAAAAGAAGCAAUUCAUGAGAAAACUGGGGUAUUACCACAACGGCAGAAAAUUCUUGGAUUGAAGUUUAAAGGCAAACCGCCAGGAGACGACGUCCAACUAUGUGCCCUCAACAUCAAACCCAACACGAAGAUCAUGAUGAUGGGGACUCGAGAGGAGACGAUCAUCGCAGCCAAUGCCAAGCCAACUGACAUCGGCGAGGUGGUGGAUGACUUUGACAUUGAAGAUGAAGAAGUGUCAACAGAAAGAAGGGAGGAGUACUUGCAGAAAGUGGAGCGGCGGGUCAAGGAAUACGAGAUCAAAGUAGUGAAUGAGUCCAGGCCGGGAAAGAAACUCCUUGUUCUAGAUGUGGAUUACACUUUCUUUGAUCACCGAUCUGUUGCUGAGAAUGCCUUGGAGUUGAUGAGACCUAAUCUACAUGAAUUCCUUACAUCAGCCUAUGAGGAUUAUGAUAUUGCCAUCUGGUCUGCCACCAAUAUGAAAUGGAUUGACGUGAAGAUGAGAGAACUUGGAGUUGCUGAUAAUCCAAACUACAAAUUAGCAUUCAUGGUAGACAGCAGAGCUUGCAUCACUAUACACACUCAGAAAUAUGGUAUAAUUGAGACUAAACCUCUGGGUGUUAUCUGGGGCAAAUAUGAGCAAUACAACCCCAAGAACACCAUCAUGUUUGACGAUCUACGGAGGAACUUCUUGAUGAAUCCACAAAAUGGCCUCAAGAUCCGCCCUUUCCGGGAGGCCUAUAAGAACAGGUACCAUGACAAAGAGUUGAUGAGACUGGCCAAGUACCUUCGUGAUAUCGCACCUCUGGAUGAUUUUAGUCAUCUUAAUCACAGGCACUGGGAGAGAUACAAACCACCAUCGUCACGAUGAUCAUUUCAAAGAAGGGAUUUUUAUUUUUUGUAUAUUUUAUUUCAAACAAGGACAUUAAAUUGAGGAUAUGUUGCAGGAACUUGUUUAUGGACAUUGAAUUCAUACACACAUUUUUUUCAUCAUUAUUUGUUUGGCGUCGCACAAAAAAGGAGACAAAUUUAUUGUUUGUUUGUCUGGAUACUCCAGCACAGGUAAUUUCUUCUUUGUCUGUAUAAUCCAUGUUCAUACAUAUUUUUUUUCUCUCAAGCAUUCUAUAUUUGUUUCUGUUAAUACUAUUUGUUUAUAAAUUGCAAUAUUCAUAUUAAUGUUAAAGUGACCUCUCUAGCUCUUUGGGAAAGCAUUGUAUUCGGAUGGUGGAAUUAUUUUCUAUUUGUAUACAGCACAGGGGGAAAUGCUCCCCCCCCCCCCCUACCCCUUGAUAAUUUUAGAAUUACGGUAAUUGUUCAAAGUAUGGACUUUGCUAUUCCUAUUUUUUAUGCCCGUAAUCAUAAUGUGGAAAGAAGCCUGUGGCUGUACUAGAAACUUGAAUUGGCACAAGCAAAAAACAACAUAUUUGUGAUGUAUUUAUUUUGUGUACAACUAAAAAGGGUAAAUUAGCUGUGCUGUCUUCCAAACAAAUGUUUGCCUGAAGUUCAUCAGAUAUAUCUCAUGGCCAUGUGAUGAUUUAAGAGGUAGCAUACAGUAUGUAUGUUCAUGUUGCAGGACAAGAUGGGUUUUUUUCCCCCCUAGGUAUCAUUUGUGUUUCUACAAUUUAGGGAAGAUAUCAUAUUUUGUUUAUUUUUACAACUGUUCCACGUGUUCCACGUGUCCCAUAUGGUUCUUGAUGAGAUUGAAUUUCUGUUUGAUAAACAAAGUCUCAAAAAGAUUGCUGAAUGUUUAAAUUCCAAACAAUUCUCUAUAUAUGGCAAAAAUACAGUCAACUCUGCAGAAGUUGAAUCUGUUGAGACGUGUGCAAAAUUUCUGCAUAAUUGGUGUAAAUAAAUGUUUAGCACAGUUUGGUCGGAAAAUUGAUUUGACUUAAGGAAUAAUUGACUUGUGCAACUUGGAGUUAUGCAGAGUUAACUGUAGCAGCAUAUCUUCAUUCCCGCUUUAGCCUUGAAUGUUGGAAAACACUUAUAAUCAUAUUCUUUUCAACAUGAGAUGUGCUCUUUCUUCUUUGUAUAUGUUUAUGCUUUUCAACUGAGUUGAACGUAAAUAUUAGUCAUGCAUGUUUUGCUUGAGAGAUCAAGCAACAUUGGUUUUUGUAUUAAAAGAAUGUAUUGCAACUAUGCACCAAGUCCAAAUAGACCAAACUGCAUAUUGUUGGACCUUAUGUUUGAAAGUAAUUGUAAAUGUGUAAAUAUAUGAAUAUCAUUUGACAUUGUAACAAUUUUUUUUAAAUGACUUCAGCCUGAUACUUGAUAAUAAAUCUCUUUCAGUUGCGUACAAUA